GGUUGUGGGAGGAGUGAUAGUGAUACUUACAAUGAAAAUUUGCAAUUUUUUUUCAGAUCAGAGCAUGGGGAAUCUCAUUCUUUUCUACGAACUGUAAAUCUACCAAAUACUCUAGCCUUUAGUGAUAAAUGUUGUGUUUUCCAGCACAAAAUAAAAUUAAUGUGACGAUUCACUUCUGACAGUGUGUUUCUGCGCAUACCUGUGAUACUUAACUCUUGUUCAUUAAUCAUUUUUAACUCCAGUACUCGCAAUGGGUGAUAUAGUCACUGUCGAGUACACAAAAGAUGAUAACUCUGAAAAGAAAGCUAACAUGGGCCCAAGAUUGCCGAGAAUGGGGGAUGCAGAGGACAUCACAGAGGAAUUCUUUUCUGCUGUUAAAGAACUUUCAUUAGGCGAACUUUUCCAUGAUGAGUUCUUCGGACUGUUUGAAGCCAUGUCCGCAAUCGAGAUGAUGGACCCCAAAAUGGAUGCUGGCAUGCUCUGCAAUAGGAGUCGUGUUCCAGCUUUAAGUGCCGAUGAAUUGAAAAUGGAAGGUCUAACUGAAGCAGAACAGAUAGGAAUCAUCGAUGCUACCCUAGCGUGUCUGGUCUCAUGGCUAGAAGGCCACUCACUUGCGCAGACGGUUUUCACCAAUUUAUACAUGUCAAAACCUCACAGUAUACAUGACAGACCCCUGCGAGCAUUUUGCAUUGUUGUCUAUAAUAUUAUUGAGUUGCUGAAAGACUUUGUCGAAGGUGCUCUUGUAGUUGAGGAGGAAGACUUCCAACCCAUGACGUAUGGCUACAACCUUUACCCAGAGGUGCCGCAUGCUCGCACCAUCGGCCUCCUCAAAGAGGUGGAGGAUGAACUGACCAAAUCUUUAAGGACCUCUGCUGUCUCAUCCAAUAAAGAGCGGCAUGACGAUGUUGUGGCCUUGCACGCCAGAAUCAGACUACUCCGUAUUUUUUAUCAAGCCCUGCUUAGUCUCAACUGGAGAGAAGCCGAUAAAGAAGCGAACAUAGGGGAGUUCCAGAAGUUGUUAAACUCGUGUAUAGAAAUUAUUCCCACUCUUCAAGAAACUGUAACCAGAGGUCUGCAGCCUGUACAAGUAGAAAAUUCAGAUGAAUUUGUAAUGAUGGGAUUUGAUCCUCUAGUCAAUCAAAGAUUACUGCCACCAACUUUUCCUAGGUACACCAAAAUUAAAUCACGGCCAGAAGCGUUUGUGUAUCUUCAAGAGCUUUUCGGCCGCCUGAAGCAAGUUUGCAAAGUUGUCAAUAUUGCCUCAUUUCACAGAGUACUGGAUCUGUUCGUCAGCAUUAGCAGAAGUAAUGCGUGCAUUGUAUCUCGCUCCAUAAUGCAAAUACUUUACCUGAGACAGGGAUCAAAAAACAGGGACAGGGAUUUGACUGAAAAACUCCGAGAAGCUGCUAGGUCAUUCAUUUCUCCGCCUGCUCUUCUACCACGCUCAACCAUUCUAAAUAAUCCUCAGUCGAAAGAAUAUGUAGACCAUUUUAUUGGAAACUGUGCGCUAACGUUCAAAGGCCUCAUUCACCUUUACGGUCACAACAGAGCAAGACAAAGAGAUCGGCUGGCGGGUAUCAUGGAUGAAUUUGCAAAUCUUCAAGAUGAGGCAGAGCGAGUCGAUGCUUUUUUAAAUAGUAUAACAAUGAAGGGCGAUCCACCACGAACUCACCUGGCAUGCUUCGGAACGUGGAUGUUGUACCACACACUUAAAAUUAUGAUUAUGUUCCUUCUUUCGGGCUUCGAAUUGGAGCUCUACAGUGUCCAUGAGUACACCUACGUUUUUUGGUACCUGUAUGAAUUUUUAUAUGGUUGGGUCAUCUCAUCCCUCACAAGAGCAGAUAAUUAUCUAGCGGAACAGCAGUUGCUAUCGAGUAAGUCCACACGACGGAAACCAGCCAAAAAGCAGAAACCUCGGCCAUUUGUCCGUGAAAUAACGUACAAUCAAGCCAUGCAGAAUAUGUGCGGUGGCUACUAUAAGGCUGUUCUAGGCCUGAAAUUAGAUGGCAAGAUUCGAGUGCCUCGUACAGAGUUCGACUGCGAACGGGUACGCUACGAACACCGGUUCUUCCCUUUCGGGAUGCUAGUCACUCCUCCGCCAGUUCAGUAUUACGAAUUCCAAGAAAUGACAUCACUUCUGGAACAGUCUUCCAGUGAAAUGCUCUACGCAGCCGCAUACGAGCAUUUUCAUCGAGCCAAAACUUUGUUUGAAGGAAUCGUCAACCCAGAUCAAGAGGUAAGGAAUCUCCUGAAAAUCGCUAAGACAAACUACGUAGUUUUGAAACUAUUCGCAACAGGUCAUAAGCGGGAUUCGGACGUGCCAUUGGAUUUCAACUUUACGGUCCAUCAGUGUUUCCCAAUUAUCAAACUAAAUUGAGUGCCACCAAUGUUUUCUAGUCAAUUUUGCAUUGUGUCCUCGUUUUUUUUUAGCCCAAGUCUCUUGCGUACUUUAAUUUUUCUUUGAAUCUCUGCCUUGUGCACAUCCUGGGAGUACAUGAGUGGAUGAAAUACAAUUAAAAUCCAAUUUUAUUUCUUUUCUUGUGAAAAUUUCUCAAUUUUGAAUGAGGGUUUAUUAUUUGAGUCUGUUGUGUUUACCUGCUUUUCUUUUUGAAUUUGUAAAAUACAUGUGUAAAGUUGAACUUCC